AUGUACCCCGUUGAACCUGUUGACUGCGUUGACUGCACUGAAUCUGCAGCGUUCCGCCCUUGCUGCUGCGUGCCGUCGUCGCACUCAGACGCCGUCUCCACGGGCGACAGCAGCGGGAGGCCCCUGGGCGUCAGCCCUCCCGACCAGUUCGCCUGCCUCGCCUCAUUUCGCCCACUGAAGGCGCGGGAGAGCGGUCAAAGCGCGCGCAAGCUUCCGCGACCCGCUGGAGAGAGAAGCGCGCGCGGUGAGACGAGGGACGAAGCGGAGGCAGGGGGUGCCCGCGGGGAGAUGAGGGCGGACGCGGAGGACGGUGGCGCGCGCGGAGAGAUGAGGGCGGACGCGGAGGCCGGUGGCGCGCGCGGGGAGAUGAGGGGGGAAGCGGCGGAGGACGGUCGCGCGCGCUGCGAGACGGAGUUGGGGAUGGUUGGCGCAGUGGACGGGACGGUGCCGCUGGUAGUCCGGGCAAGGGGAGGAAGGGUUGUUGCCGGCGUGGCCGCGGCGGCGGCUGCACUAGGCGAUGAUGGCAACGCGACGGCGCCGAUGGCGGCACCGGUGGUAGGUUUGCGCGGCGUGGUGGGCAUCAUUAGCGCGGCGCGCAGCGAGUGGUUUAUGGGAGGCAUGGACGCCGCACGCUCCAAGCCAGAUCCGCCUUUCGCUGCGACCGCAGCGCGUUGGCGGGUCGAGGUGCGGGAUGCACGCGGCGUGAAGCAGCUUACAACGGUCGCAUCGCCCGACGGCGACUCCGAGUCGUCAAUCCUGUUUUCCGCAUCGCUCGCCGUGCACUCCGCCGCACAUGACGCCAAAUCAUGCGGCCGGCGCGCGUGGUUGACCGAGAGAGCAACGUGUGCAGCCAAGACUGGAUGCUCCACCAAGCAAUAG